GAGCUGGUCCUCUCUCCUGUGCCACAUCCAUGUGUCCUCUUUCCCCUCACAGGCGUUCCUGCCCUUGCUGAAGAAGGCUGCCCAGGAGAGCCCGAUCUCAGGGCUGAGCUGCAGCAAGGCAGCCAUCGUCAACAUGUCCAGCUAUGCAGGCUCCAUUGAGGAUGUCUACGUCUGGGAAUUUGGACAAGUUGUCUCGUACCGCUGCAGCAAGGCUGCUCUGAACAUGCUGACCAAGUGCCAGUCCCUGGCAUACAAGGAGCACGGCAUCCUCUGCGUCACUUUCCACCCUGGCUGGGUGCAAACUGACAUGGGGGGCUCAGGAGAAUCAUUUAAGCCCCCCCUGACAGUUGAUGACAGCGUGCAAGGGAUGUUGAAGGUGCUUUCCUCCAUCUCUGAGAAGGAGACUGGGACCUUCCUGAACUGGGAAGGGAAGGUCUUGCCAUGGUGAGCUGCUGGUUCAGGAUUCUCACUGUGGGGACCUUUGCUGCUGCACAACGUUGUGCCUGUGUCUUAAUAAAUUAGUGUCUGUAAA